AUGAUCCCCCCAGAAACUCAGUUAUUGAGCUUGGGUAUAACCCUCAUACCGUUCACAACGGCCCUAUCAGGAUUGAUCACUGAUCCCACGCAAGUCUCCAAUCAACCUUUCGACUAUGUGAUCGUAGGUGGUGGACUGGGUGGUUUGGUAGUCGCCAAUAGAUUAUCUGAAAAUCCCGAUAUCAGCGUAUUAGUUAUUGAAGCUGGAUCAGAUAAUCGAGACGAUCCUCGAGUAUACGACCCAUAUCAAUAUUCUGUAGCGUUCAAUACGGAGCUGGAUUGGAAUUGGCCUUCAAGUCAAGGUAGAUCCAUCAAAGGAGGUAAAACAUUGGGCGGCUCAACCUCAAUCAAUGGUCUAGCUCAAACCCGUGGUCAAAAAGCUCAAUACGACUCCCUAUCAACCUUCCUCGGCGGCGACGAUGCAGGAGGUGUAUGGAAUUGGGAUGGUAUGCUUUUCGGUAUGCUGAAGAGUGAAGGAUUCUCAGCUCCUAAUGAUCAACAGAAAGAGGCUGGAGCAAGCUCAAAUCCCGCUUUACACAAUACUUCUGGUCCAUUACAAGUUACUUAUCCCGACGAGAUCUUCCAUGGUCCUCAACAGAAAUACUUCCAAACUGUCGUCUCAACCAAUUUCUCGGUUUCUUCCAGCCCUGAUGCAGAUGAUGGGAAUGCUAAUGUCGUAGCGUUCCAUCCUAACACCAUGAGCUGGCAAGACUCGGACCACCGAUCUUCUUCCGCUACAGCUUACUAUUCCCCCGUGUCCGAACGAUCAAACCUUGCCAUCCUCUUACAGCACCUAGCUACCAAGAUCCAAUUUGACGGCAACAAGGCGACCGGUGUCGAAUUUGGUACUUCAAAUGGUGAUCGAUACACUGUAAAUGCCAAUAAGGAAGUCAUCGUUUCGGCGGGAGCUAUUCAAACUCCAGCAUUACUUCAAUUGUCCGGGGUCGGUGAUCCCGCCUUGUUGAACAGUUUGGGAAUUGAUGUCGUGGCCAAUGUCAGCGGAGUAGGAAAGAACUUGCAGGAGCAGACUAUGAACUCUGUCGGAUGGACUCCAGUCGAUGGAUUCGACUUCCAAGGUAGAGGACCAAGUGACUGUAUGGCCUAUCCCGACUUGUUAGGUCUGACCUCAUCAAGUAACAACGAUAUCGCUUCCACCAUCUCUGCCAACAUUGGUAAAUACGCUCAAGAAGCUUAUGAUGCUGGAGCGGUUGUUUCCGUCGAAGCUGCCAAUGCUAUAUUCGCUAUUCAGCAGGAUCUCAUGGUAAACAAAUACUCUGGUUUGGUCGAGGCCUUCUUCGAUAGCGGUUUCCCUAAUGGAGGAUUAGGUAUUGACUUAUGGCAAAUAUUACCUUUCUCUAGAGGAACUGUCAAAAUCAAAUCUACCGAUCCGUUCGAAUACCCAGAUCUUGACCCUCGAUACUUUGCUGCUGAUGUCGAUCUUCAAAUCCAAAUUGCCGGAUUGAGAAUGGCCAGAAAGAUAUUCCAGACAGCUCCUCUCCGAUCGAUUGUUACGGAAGAGAACGCACCGGGGUAUGAUACUGUUCCGGAAGAUGGGAAUGGAGGAAGUGAUGAGGAUUGGUCAAAAUGGAUCAUUGAUGGAUUUUCCUCUGUACACCAUCCCAUCGCAACCUGUUCGAUGAUGUCUCAAGAACUCGGAGGUGUAGUAGGAAGCGAUCUCAAAGUUUAUAAUACGGAAAACCUAAGAAUCGUAGAUGCUUCAGUAUUACCGAUCCAAUUUUCAGCUCAUCUCGGUGCUACCUUGUAUGGUCUCGCUGAAAACGCUGCUGAUAUGUGA